AUGGAACCAAACAAUAAAAAUCAAGAUAUUCUGAAUCUCAAUGGUUUGGACAAAACUAAUACUGCCAAACAUACCAAACAGAAAUACGAUUCUUCUGCAAAAGAUCAAGAAAGUCAACUUAAAGAAUUCGAGAAAGCAGAAGAGGAACAGAACGUGUCUGAUAAUGAAAUAGAUACUCAAAAAGAAGCCGAAAUUCCAUCUGAGGAUGCUGAAAACGCUCUCGCUUCAGAAACCCAACACACGGCGAAACGAGGGUUACCAGCAGGCUGUCUCUUUGUAGCUAGUUUGCCUUCAACAAAAUCCGACGAAGUUUUACAGAAGUCGGUAUGGAACCACUUCUCAAAUUGGGGAACGCUUCUUAAUGUCAAAGUGCUAAAAGAUUGGUUAUUGCGGCCUUAUUCAUUUGUGCAAUUCGAGAACAUAUGUGAUGCGAAAAAGGCCUUAGUUGAAGCUCAUAAUACUGUUGUCGAGGGACGACGCAUUCGUGUUGAGCAAGCACGAGUGAACCGUACCUUAUUCAUUGGACGAUUAAAUAGAACCAUGAAUGAAGAGGAUAUCCGUGAAAUACUUGAACCAUACGGAGAUACAGAAGACGUCCAUCUAUUAAGAACUUAUUCAACUGGAAAGAGCAAAGGCUGUGCCUUUGUUAAAUUCUGCUAUCGAGAUGAUGCUAUUAGAGCAUAUAUGAAUCUACGCCAACAUGGGAGUAACUAUAUAAUCGAAUGGGCAGCGAAUUUGGAAAAGGCAGUUCCCGGGCCAGAAGACAUUGACAAGCGAUCGAUAUUUGUUGGCCAGCUUAACCAGGCCGAGGUAACUAAAGAAUUGCUUGUUGAAAAAUUCGGCCGUUAUGGUGAAAUUAAGGAGGUUCAAUAUGUAGCAAGAAAAUUCUCACGAUCAUUAGGUCCUCCACGAAACGCAUUUGCGUUCAUUAACUACAACGAUGAGGAUGCUUCUGAAAACGCAAUCAAAGCUGAAAACAAUAGCAGAUAUUUUGAUCGGAUUAUUCGUGUACAAUAUCGCGAAUCCCAAGAAUUUCGCAACCAGCAAAUUCAAUUACUUCGUCAACAGCAAGAAGUAAGAAGAAGAGCUUUCCAAGACUCAUAUUACAACUCUGGGCGCCAAACUAUAAGACUUCCACCAUUAUCACGUGGACAAAAUUACUAUGCGAGUACUCAAAAGAUAUGCAAAGGACGAAAAAAUAGUAUUAUCCCAGAGAUUCCAGUUAUGACAACUCCCAUAUUCUAUCCGCAAGUCGGCAUGGGAGUUCACAAAGUCGUUCCUAUCACGAGUGGAAAGCAAGAGCCCAAAGGCAAAGGUCCAGAAGUACCUGUAUUGCAAAACAAUACCGUUUCUACACCGACAACUUCUUCUGUUGGGAUGAUUCCAGCAUACGCAGGAAGUCUUCAAGGUCUUCCCUACCCAUAUGCGACAUUUAUGGGUACAAUUAAUCACAAAAAUGGAAGCUCAUAUUCACAAGAUUACAGUUAUGAGCCUAACAUUUUACAUUCUUAUGCACCACCAUAUGUUCCUGGACAGCCUAUUAGCGAAUAUGGGCUUGUUGAAGUUGCUUCACAAUCCGCACAAUAUUGUGGAGUUCCUAUCCCGAUCCAAAUUACAAUGCCACAUAUGUACUUCUAUCCGCAAUCAAUGGAUCCAGGAUAUGCAUUAACAUAUUCAGAGAGAUUACAAACAUUAGAAGAAGAAUCGACGAGCGGCUAUGAAGCCGAUAAUGAAAUUAGCACUCACGUUACCGAUGAAGAGAAGACUGCGCUAGGAGAAACGGCAGAAGAGGGUUCUAAGGUCUUUGAUAACGCAUUAUAUGACGAUGUUGCUCAAGAAUAG